CUCCACCAUCAGACCGUAGAUAAUAAAGUGGUGCACAGCUGACUUCCUGCAGCAAACAGUAAAAAGGUCAAAGGGUAAUUCCCAGCAACAGCUUUCCUGAUGUCAGAGUGUUCAUGAGGCUCUGACCCCUGCAUGCUCAUGCAUUGUGAGGCACCACAAUAACAGGGGUCUGUUUCAAGCCUCUGGAGUCCUCAGCAGCCGGAGACAUCUGGAGGAGCAGUCAAAACACGGCACAGCCCGUCAUUGUUUUCUGCAUCAGAACGGAACCAGUCGGCACAGGAGAAAGAAAGGAGCCCUUACUGCUGCAAAACAUGAUUUCCGUCUUUAGUUUAGCUCCAAAACAGGAUACUGGGCCAUGAAUUUCUUAACAGGCUCACAUAAUUUCUUCUUCAGCCACGAAUGGAUAACCACAGACUGGUCUCUAUUUUCCCUAAAACUUACUGGACAGCACCUGAUUUAUUGCUCUUUAUGGCAGGCUUGAUGCUGAUCUUCCUCCUGACGCUCAUCAGCAGCUUAGAGGGGUCACCAGGAGCCCAACAUGAGAUGCUUUGCGCCCCUAACGCCUGCUUCAUCCUGCACAUGGAGCCGGUCCAUUUUCACAAGGCCCAGAACCAGUGUGAGCAUGACGGAGGGUACCUGAUGACUCUCAGAGACAGAAAUGAAGAGGAAGAUCUGCGCUCACUUCUUUCGCUGAUUGAAAAAAAACAUCAUGACCAAGUGUUAAAACUUUGGAUCGGAUUAAAACUGCACAAGAAGGACUGCGUGCUGCCUGGCAGGACGCUCAAAGGGUUCAAAUGGGUCUCUGGGGAGAAAGAUUCCCAGUACUCUAACUGGAAACAAGAGCCUGUUAACACGUGCACUGGGGAGAGAUGUGUAAAGGUUGAUUACACUUUUUCAGGCCAGGAUCAGCUAAAAUGGACCCCAGGAGGUUGUAGAAAAGAGGCUUUUUAUGCAUGUAAGUUUUCUUUUCAGGGGAUGUGUGAAUCUUUGACUCUGCUGGGUCCCGGAAAAAUUAUCUAUGAGGCAAUUUUCUCAAAAUAUCCCCUAAAAAGUGAGCUGAAGCUGCUUCCAUUUGGGACGAGAGCAAGGAUUAUUUGCGGUGGCCAGGAGUUGACUUCGUCUAUGUGCUUAGCAAAGGACGGUACUUACAGCUGGACCAAACCAGGACCCUUCUGCAAUCUAGAAACCCAAAUCUGUGAAAAAAACAAUGGUGGCUGUGAACACGAAUGCCAACAGGGAGGAGAAGCUGUUCAGUGCUUCUGCAGAGAAGAUUAUGAGCUGGACAAGGACAGGUUCUCCUGCAGGAUGAAAAAUCUGUGUCAUCCUAACACCUGUGAGCACCGCUGCAUGAUGGGGAAAACAGGCUUUUCCUGCAAAUGUCCCAGUGGGUUCGAACUGAGUGAAAACCAGCGCAACUGCUCUGACAUCGACGAGUGCCAGUCGCAGGCCUGCGAGGAGCACAGCUGCAUAAACACACACGGCAGUUACAAAUGUGUGUGUAAGGAGGGCUACGAACUGAUCGAUGGUGAAUGCGUCGAUGUGAAUGAAUGUGUCGGAGAUCCCUGCUCUGCUGAGCUCACAUGCAUCAAUGCUGUCGGCAGCUUCAUGUGCAUAAAGCUGCUGGAGACCAUCACAGCUGCUUCAUCACAGGAGACCAUCACUUCAACCGCCCCCUCAGAGGACUCAGAGGACAGAAAAACACACUUCCUGGAGUCUCUGACCAGAACCACUGUGGAGCUGCAGCACCAGUUCCCCCACACUGACGCCCCGCUGUCUGAACUGGUCAACGCCACAGAUAGUGACCAGCACACCAACCAGUCCUCAGUAUUUGGUGUGACCACAUCAGCCCAGAGCAGGAUGAUGAUCUGCGUCCUCGGCUCGGUCGUCCCUCUGCUCGCCUUGAUCGCUUUGACUCUGUUCAUCGCAAUCUUUCGCUGCAGUCGCUCCAAACAAGAGGUGAAGAAGAGCACAGCUGAUGGCUACUGCUGGGUGUCCUCAGGUUUGGAUCCACGUCUGGAGAAGCUGUAUGAGUCCAUCCUGACCGAUGACCUUUGACCCGACAGGGACAGCAGGGACUGUAUUUUCUGUAUUUUUAUUUAUGUGAGUAGAUGAAUAUCUCAGGAAAACAAGCUCUGUUUUUCUCAAAAUUGUUCUAAAUAAUUAUUAGUUUUCAUCUUACACCCAGAUUGAUUUUUACAUCAGGGGUUAAAAAUCACAGUAAUAUAUCAAUAAUUCAUAGCUGCUGCUUUUAAAAGGUUGAAUUAGUUUUAUGGUCUGUUAAUUAAAUCCUCAUCAUGACAAAAUAUACGUUAUAAUCUCUAGAUAAUGAUGUAGUUAAACCAUUGGGACAGGUUUUAAUAAACUGAGAUAAUAUGAUAAUUUUACUGAUGUCAGCAGUAUAAUUAUCAUUUUUAUUAUCUCAGGAUGAUAAGAUUUUUAAAUCAUUGAGAUGAAAAAAACUUUAUCUCAGGAUUUAAACCUUUAGGACAAAAAGCUUUAAUAAUGUUAAUGUUAAUAAAACAAGAUCCCAUGAAUUCAGACAGGAAGAUAAAUAAACUGUUCUUAUAUCAAGAUAAGCUUAGAUAUCUGCAGACAAAGAUAUAAUACAAGCAUUUGGACCAGAAAAACCUGCGAUAAUGAGCUAAUUUCCGUGUUUGCUUCCUCUUACUGUGGGUGUGGGCUGGGGUGGUUCCCAGUCCUAACCCAGUCCACACAAUGGGCCCAGACCCAGUUAACAUCCAUUAGAUUGUUUAUACAGGUUUAUGCAGGAUGUGGUGAAAAUCCUUGUUUUUUGUUUUCUGUUGGCAGAAAAUAUGAUGAAGGUAUAAAAUAUGAACAUGUUAUACUUCACGAUCAAACGUAUUCAUUUACCAAAGAAACUGCCACAUUUCAUUCAUUCUCUGUCUGUUUAUUUGACUGGAUCAUCAUCAGUUAUGAAUCUGCAUAUUAGUGGUACUGUUCAAGCAGCUCUUCAUCGGCAUGGCAGCGAAUGCUGUAUGAAUGCAUUGUGGAAAAUGUAAAGAAACUUUGCUUUGAAUCAUGACCAUUUUUGUUGUGUGGCAAUAAAGUUUUGACCAUAAUAAUCUA